AUGUCCUUAACCAAUGCUGCCCCCCUUUUGGCAUUAUUGAAAGAAGACGACGAUUCCAUCAAGUCAUAUGCAUUAAAAUCUAUCAAUGAAGUUGUAGACCAAUUAUGGCCAGAAAUUGCAAAUGAAAUCACUGACAUUGAAACUUUAUAUGAUGAAUCCAAUUUCGAUGAUAGGAAAAUUGCCGCAUUAAUCGCAUCGAAAGUUUAUUACAAUCUUGGUGAAUAUGAGUCUGCAGUAAGAUACGCACUAGGUGCUGGGGAUUCUUUUGAUAUCAAUGAAAAUUCUCAAUAUGUGGAAACUAUCGUCUCACAAAGUAUUCAAAUGUAUGUCAAGUUAGCUAAAAAGAAUUACGAAAAGAGAGGAGACGUUCCUGUAGAUCUAGAUCCUAAAUUGACACUGAUUUUUGAAAGAAUGAUGGAAAAAUGUGUCCUUGCUGGAGAAUACAAAUUAGCAUUGGGUAUCGCAUCAGAAGGUUUUAGAUUGGAUGUUAUCGAAAGAAUACUUCAAGAAAGAGUUAAGCAAGAUACUGAGGCCAACGCCUUGAAACUAAUUAGUUAUGUCUUAACUACAGCAACAACCACUAUUACGAACACUCUUUUCAGAUCUCAUAUUCUAAGAGCUUUGUUUGCCAUCUUGAUAGCAAUGGAUUCCACCGACUAUUUUACCAUUUUCAAAGUCGUGGUAAACCUAAAUGAUGCAAAAUUGGCCAUUAAACUUUUUGAAAAAUUAAAAGCAUCAGAAAAUCUUGAAGUGUCAUAUCAGAUUGCAUUUGACUUGGUAUCAGCUGCAUCACAAGGGUUAUUAGAUGUGCUAAUUGCUCAUCUGACUUCAGAAAACUACGAUUCCGUUUUAUUGGAUAUUCUAACAGGCCGUCCAACCUGUGAUUACUAUAACACAUUUUUAUUCAGCAACAAGAACAUCGAUACUGAAUUGAUGAAUAAAGCCAAAUCAUCGUUAGACGGGAAAUUCUCUAUUUUCCAUACCGCAGUGAGUGUAUCCAAUGGGUUCAUGCAUGCAGGAACCACUGACAAUUCAUUUAUCAAAGCAAAUUUGCCAUGGUUGGGCAAGGCUCAAAAUUGGGCUAAAUUUACCGCCACGGCUUCUCUUGGUGUUAUCCAUAAAGGUAACCUUGCUGAAGGUAAAACUGUCAUGGGACCAUAUUUACCAGGUAGUCGUGCUACUUCAAGAUUCAUCAAAGGUGGGUCCUUAUAUGGGUUAGGGUUAAUUUAUGCCGGGUUUGGUAGAGAUAUUAUUGACUACUUGAAAUCUCAAAUUACGGAAAAUAGUUCAAUUAAUGGUGAUGAAGAUGUUGAUGUUUUAUUACAUGGUGCAUCAUUAGGUAUUGGUCUUGCAGCCAUGGGAUCUGGUAGCGAAGAUGUAUAUGAUUCUUUAAAGGAAGUCCUAUACAAUGAUAGUGCAGUAUCUGGGGAAGCUGCAGCCCUAGGUAUGGGUUUGACAAUGCUUGGUAACGGUCAUAAGACAGCUGUACAUGAUAUGUUUACUUACGCACAAGAGACUAAGCAUGGUAACAUUACUCGUGGUCUAGCUGUUGGUUUAGCCUUGAUAAAUUACGGGCGCCAGGAAUUAGCUGAUGACAUAAUUGAAAAAAUGUUAGCAAGCGAUGAACCUCUAUUGCGUUAUGGGAGUGCUUACACAAUCGCCAUGGCUUAUGCAGGGACAGGUAGCAAUAAAGUUGUUAAGAAAUUACUACACAUUGCUGUUUCUGAUUCCAGUGAUGACGUUAGAAGGGGUGCCGUUACAGCUCUUGGGUUUGUAUUAUUACGUGAUUACACUACUGUUCCAAGAAUUGUCCAAUUACUAUCAGAAUCGCAUAAUGCACAUGUUCGUUGUGGUACAGCAUUUGCCCUAGGUAUUGCUUGUGCGGGUAAAGCAUUACAAUCAGCUAUCGAUGUUCUUGAACCAUUGACAAAGGACCCAGUAGACUUUGUUCGUCAAGCAGCAAUGAUAGCGUUGUCAAUGAUAUUAAUCCAGCAGACUGAUAAAUUGAAUCCAGAGGUAAAAAAAGUUAAUGAAAAUCUUCUAAAGCUGAUCACAAACAAGCAUCAAGAGGCCUUGGCUAGAUUUGGUGGUUGUGUCGCUCAAGGUAUAAUGAAUGCAGGUGGACGUAAUGUUACCAUCCAAUUGGAAAACUCUGAAACUGGUACCCUUGAUGCCAAAUCAGUAGUUGGGUUAGCAAUGUUUUCUCAAUUCUGGUAUUGGUUUCCAUUAUCCCAUUUCUUAUCUCUAGCAUUUACACCAACAACUGUUAUUGGUGUUCGUGGAAGUGAUUUAGCUAUUCCAAAACUUGAAUUGAACUGUUACGCCAAAGAACAUGUAUUUGAUUAUCCAAAGAUGUACGAGCAGGCUGCCGAUAAAGAGGUAGAAAAGGUUGCCACUGCUGUUCUAUCUACAACAGCUAGAGCGAAGGCCAGAGCAAAGAAAACAAAGAAGGAAAAGGAACCAGCAGAAGAGGAAAAGGCAAAGACCAAGCAACCCGAAAAGGAAGAAGAUAAAAAGCCUGCUGCAGAAGCCAAACCCGCCAGCGAGGAUGUUUACAAGACGAAAUACAGUAGUAAACCUUACAAGAUUGGAAACAUGAGUCGUGUACUACCUCAACAAUCCAAAUAUAUAUCAUUUAAUAAGCAGGAGAGGUUUAUUCCUGUUCGCAAGUUCAAGGGUAGUAAUGGUGUAAUUGUUUUAGAUGAUAAGACACCAAAUGAACCAAUAAGCCUCAUUGAAACUGUCACACAAAUGAAAGACGUUAAUGCACCAUUACCGGCUGCAUUCACUGUCGAGGAUGAUAUUGACUACAAGGAUGAAUAG